UUUCAAACAUAACUAGUGUUACUACAAUGGAUGUUUAUUAGAUAAUAGCUAUUUGCUUAUUUGAUAUUACUGUCUUAGAGGGCCAUAAUGACCACAUAUGGGUGAAGUAUAAAAACAAGGACUUUAUGUUAGUCCAUCAACAAAUGACAUGGAUGGAAGCGCAGAGUGUAUGUUAUUCACUUGGCGGUUGUCUAGCAACUGUAUCCAAUUCUGAUGAAAUGAAAUUUAUCAAGUCAAUGACAAACGUAUACCCUAACAUAGUUUGGUUGGGCGGUACAGACAUGUUUGCUGAAGGAAGAUGGGUUUGGAUAGAGAAUCAAGAGCCAAUAUCCUAUAACCACUGGUAUACUGGAGAUUAUAAUGAACCUGCCGGAGGAUCAGGGGAGAAUUGUUUGGUUUGGCUUAACCAUAAAGGAUAUUUUUGGCAUGAUAUUACCUGCAAAGGGAACUACAAAUUUAUUUGUCAGCGGAAUGAAAGGAAAAAAGAACAGUGAACAGUGACGAAGAAUUAUUUAACAUAGUUCAAUAAAAAUACAAGCAUUA